AUGUCUGCCUUUGAUCAGAGGAACCAGAGCAUGCAGCACACAGAGCCUGAGACAGACUACAUCACCCCUCGGGUGAAGCCAAGGGGUGAGAUGUUUGUCUUUUUUGAUGGGAAGUGGGUGAAUGACAUCUUCUCCCAGCCACCCUUUCCUUCCCACCAGAAACUCUUUAACAAGAAGGCACAGAAUGAGUGGAGCAUCUGGGAGGAGAACAGAGCACUCUGGCAGGAAAACCGAGUCCUCUGGAUCAAAAACAGGAUGCUCUGGGAAGAAAACAAGGCCCUACAAUAUCUCCAGUCACAGAACAAAUCUGUCCAGGUAAUUUAUACUGACGCUAUUCAAAGCCUCAAGAACAAAAAUAAGCCAUUUCCAUUCUUCCAAGAGAGGAGCAGAGGAUUUCAGUUCAGCUCAGGCAAAAAAGCUCUUCAGACAGUCCAGGAAAAGAAUAAAAUCUUUGAGGAUUUCCAGCAGGAGAAUAAAGCACUCCCUGUUACCUGGAAAGGCCAAAAAGCCAUCACUGUGCAUGAAGAGAGUAAAGAUGCCAGCUCAGAUCUUCAGAAGAACCCCGAUACCAUUGCAGCUGUGGAAAAAGGCCCAGUCUCCCAGCAGAAACAUGAAGGUAAAAGGAAGAGCACUGCUCCAACUCAGAAUAAGGCUGAGUCUGCCCCAAGGAUGCCGGGAGAGCAUGAGAUCCUCUGGGUUCUCCAGGACUUACGUGAGCUCCUCCACACCUUCCUGAAAAUGAACCAUCCUCCUGGGGAGAAACAGUGCUGUCACAAACUCUAUGAUGUGAGCAGUACCUUCCAAGAAGAUUACAAUAAACUGAAGCUGCAGCUGAAUGCUGUGAAGAACACUGUGUUGGACAUUACAGCUCAAAUGGAUAUGCUGGAAAAGGAGAUCAUUGCUAUUACUUCCCCAGUGUAUGAAGAAGCAGGGCAGAAGCAGGCAACUGAGCAUCAGCUUGGAGAUAUGUGA